CAUUUCUCAACUUUAUUGCAACUUUCUGGCUACAAAAAGCUCACACUCCAACAACAUUCUGUAUCUUCUGCUUAAAUUAGUAUAGUUUGGAGAGAAACAGCAUGCAAACAGGCAUAGGAAAUGACCAUUAUAUUUAAAUCCAGAGUUGAAAACAAAUGCAGGUCUGUAUUUUCCCUCUGUUCCUCAUACUGUAGAGUUCAUCUGAUUGUCUCAUAUGGUAGUCUGGAUUCACACAGUUCCAUUUGAACAAAGUUGAGCAAAAAUGGAAUUGAGUGAUGUUGUAUGAAGUAAUUCAUGAUGCUACCUGCACAUAUACAAUUUCCAAAUUGUAGCUCAUUAUCCAUCAUUUCCUAUCUAACGUUCCCAAGUCUUCAUAGCGAUAAGGAGUUAACAAUACUGUCACACUUGGCUAGCUGAAAAAUCUGCUGAAAAUUCUAAUGUGAUGUCAUAGUUCUCCUUUAUGUGUCUUGAGUGAAAGCAAGUGCCUUUCAUUUUAAAGCUGUAGAAGAAAGAAGGUGGGGUUUAAAUGUUGUAAAUCAUAGUGUAAUCUAGUGGAAGAUAAUUUAAGUUCUAUUUACAAUGUCAAUCAGCGGUUCUAGACCAACCACUCCAGAGCCUUUGCAAGAAACAAACCUGGGAUUCUCAGGAUCAAAGAGUCCAGAGCAGAAGCCAAUGAGGCUGGGCCACGCAAGUGAAGAGAUCUCUUCCCCAGGAUAUGCUUUGGGCCAGAUGUCUCAAUCUUGGACAUCAUCAAAAAAAGAAGAGCCCACCAGGAGCAGGUCACAUUCUCCAUAUAAAGAGUGUUCCAUUGUCAAGACAAGAGCAAUUGUCAUAGAUACUGGUACAGGGACAUGUAAAGCUGGAUUUGCAGGUCAGCAGACCCCCCAGGUAGUUAUUGGGGCAUUAGUUGGACAGCCCAUAGAAAAAUUCAUGAAGAUUGGAAGUGAUAUACCCGACACAUUCAUUGGAGAGCAAGCCCGAUUGGAACCUGAUAUUGAUAUAAUUUUUCCAUUAAGGCAUGGCAUAAUCACAGACUGGGAAGCAGCAGAAACAUUGUGGUGGCACAUUUUUCAGCAUGAACUCAAGAUUGCUCCAGAAGACCAUGCAUUUUUAAUGUCUGAUCCUCCUCUUUCACCAACUACAAACAGAGAGAAAUUGGUGGAGGUUGUUUUUGAGUCCCUUAAUUUUCCCAAAGUGUAUGUGGCAUAUCAGUCGGUGCUGUCAGUGUACGCUCAUGGAAAAAUUAGUGGGUUGGUAGUAGAUACAGGCCAUGCUGUGACACACACUGUGCCAGUCCAUCAAGGAUACAAUUUGCCACAUGCCACAGAAAAGAUGGACAUUGCUGGAGCCAAUGUGACAUCUUUUUUGAUGGAUCUCCUCAAAGACAUGGGACAUUACUUAGAUGAAAAAAUGCUGGAUAUGAUUGAAGAUAUCAAACAAAAAUGCUGCUAUGUUGCACUUGAUUUUGAGAGUGAGUGGAACUGUCCAGAGGAAGACAAUACAGCACAAUACCAAUUGCCAGAUGGCCAAAUUAUUACUUUGGGGAAGGAGAGAUUUCAGUGCCCUGAGAUAUUGUUCAAUCCACCACAAAUGCCUGGACUUGCUCUUCUAGGCAUCCCUGGCAUGGCCCAAAAAAGCUUAAUGAAAGUUCCUGAACAAAUCAGGAAAGAAAUGUAUAAAAAUAUAAUGUUAUGCGGAGGGUCGUCACUUUUUGAAGGAUUUGAAAAGAGAUUUACUCAAGAUAUCAUGACUAAUUUGGAGACUAGCACAAAAAUCAAAGUCACAGCUGUUCCACUUAGGCACUAUUCUGUCUGGACUGGAGGUUCAGUUCUUGCUUCCUUGAAAAACUUCCAAUCAUGUUGGAUCACAAAGGAACAAUACCAAGAGUACGGACCAUAUAUUGUGCACAGGAAAUGCUACUGAGUUGGGCCCAGCCAGGUUAACAAGGAUUAAAAUGGAUAGGAGAUGGCCCAUAAUAAAUUAGUAACUUUGCUUAGA